UAAAUAAAUAAAUCAUUGUGUGUGUGUGUGUGUGUUUUCCAUUACUGCAUAUUUCUAUUAUAGAGAAUAAUUUCUUGUAAUUCUUUAAUACUAAGAAUGGCGACAGAAAUAAAAAAGUCCAAAUAUCGAUUUCAAAGUGAGAUUCAACAAAUGAUGUUUGUAUUUGGUGAAGUCUCAGAUCCAUUACAGGAAGUAACGCUAUUAGUAGAAGAUAUUGUUCGUUCACAAGUGAUGGAAAUAAUCAUUCAAGCAGCAGCACAAGCAAGUCGUCGUAAUUCACGUUAUUUGAGUGCAGAAGAUUUAAUAUUCUUAAUAAGACAUGAUCGUGCAAAGGUCAAUCGUUUACGAUCUUUUUUAAGUUGGAAGGAUGUUCGAAAAAAUGCUAAAGACGCUUCAGGAGAUCAAGUAGAAGACGUUGUGGAAGAAACGAAUACAGGCAAAAUACAUAGGAGCAUCAUCAAGUUGCCAUGGGAACUUGUGAAUCAAUUUACCGAUGUCAUCACUAAAUCAUUAAAUGGAGAAGAUGAUUCAGAAGACGAGGAUGAGAUAGAAGCCUAUAAUGAUUCUAUCCAACGAUUAAAAGAAGCUGAUGAUGUUACACGAGCCAUGACAAGAGAAGAAUAUGUUCAUUAUUCUGAAUGUCGCCAAGCCUCAUUUACAUAUCGCAAAGGAAGACGAUUUAGAGAAUGGGCCAAUAUGAGUUCAUUUGUGGAAGUGAAACCAAAUGACGAUAUUGUUGAAAGUUUAGGGUUUUUAACGUAUGAAAUGGUAUCCAAGCUAACAACGACUGCCAUUAAGAUUAAACGUGAUUGGAUGGAAGCUGAAGGUAAAAAAGAAGAAGAACAUAUAGGUUUAGGAGUUUGUGGUUUGAAGCGGAAGAGAGAAGAAAAUGAGAAUGAGACAGUAUUUAACCAUCCUACGCUUGUUGUAACAACGGACGGUAUAGAGUCUACAUCCAUGCAAUUAGAUGAUAGUCAUGAACUUUACGAUGAAAAAAAAAAUAACAAUAAUAAUAAUAAUACAUCAUCAUCAUCGUCGUCGUCGUCAUCAUUAUCCGAUCCACCUGAUACUGAUAGUCGAGGUUUAUUUUCAUUGCCAAGCUCAGAACAAACACCUUUAUCAGCAGAACAUAUCCAUGAAGCAUUUAGAAGAUUACAACAAAUACCACAGCCUGUAAAAAAUUUUCGAGGAGGUUUAGUACGUACUCGAAUCUCACUUAUUUAAAAGUUAAUAAAUGUACAUAAUUGAUCAUCAGUCUAUAUAUCUUGCUAUCAAAUAGAGGCUUAUUUAUAAGAUAUACAUAGAGUAGAGAGUAAAAAGGAGGGGAAUAACUUGAAAUAAAUAAUAAUUUUAGCAAUAAAUAAAUAAAUAAAUAAAUAAAGAGAACCUAAGGAUUAAUUAAAGGGCAUUGACUAAAUAAUUCACGUUUAGCAGCAAAUUGAAGAGCAGCUUGGUAAUGAAACCAAAUACCA